CACCCUAGGUACCGCCCUGGACCGGGCCUGGGCGGGGGCAGGGGCUGUGGCAAGAAGCCGGAAGCAGCUGCGGCCCCAGCUCGGGAGACAUGGCGGGCGUUAAAGCUCUUGUGGCAUUAUCCUUCAGUGGGGCUAUUGGGCUGACUUUUCUUAUGCUGGGAUGUGCCUUAGAGGAUUAUGGUGUUUACUGGCCCUUGUUUGUCCUGAUAUUCCAUGCCAUCUCUCCCAUCCCCUAUUUCAUUGCCAAACGAGCAACAUAUGACUCCGAUGCAACAAGUAGUGCCUGUCGGGAACUGGCUUAUUUUUUCACUACCGGAAUUGUUGUUUCUGCCUUUGGAUUUCCUGUUAUUCUUGCUCGUGUGGCCGUGAUCAAGUGGGGAGCCUGUGGCCUGGUGCUGGCAGGCAAUGCAGUGAUUUUCCUUACAAUUCAAGGUUUUUUCCUUGUAUUUGGAAGAGGAGAUGAUUUUAGCUGGGAGCAGUGGUAGCACAUGCUUUAAUCUGAUAAAAUGCAUUUAAUUUCUUAGAAUUCAUACUGUAUGUAUAUUUGUGCACAUGUGGCCUUUUACUCUGAAAUUUAAUAUACUGUUUCUUUAUACCUUUGUAAUCAUGUUCACUUUAAGGAGGACUACAUGGGGAAAAGGUUAGUUUUAUUCCUAGCCAUUAGACCUCUCCAUUUACUCAAGUUGAAUUAUGUUAUUUGUUUAGCUUUUCAUAUAGUCAUGGUGCUCUCAGAAAAUGUUAACUCAGUCUUGUAGGCAGUUGCUCACUCAGUGUGCUGCAUCUCCACCUUUGUCCCGGGGAUGUGCUUGAGUGGGCACAUAGCGCCGGGGCUGUCUCAGCUCUGCCCAGGACUUCCAAGAUAUACCUGUGUCCCAGAGAGACAGAGGCGGCUCCCUCUUUAUGUUGCGGACUCUUGCUUCUCCAAGUGUGGUCCAUAGACCAAGAGCAACAGCAUCUCGAAGCGUGGUGCAUAGGAGCUUAUUACAAAUGCAGCGUCUGGGGCCCCAUCCUCCACCUAAUACAUUUUGAUGAGACCCCAAGUGAAUCUCAGGCACAUUAAAGUCUGAGAAGCGCUGUCAUGAAGGAAGAAGUAUUGCCUUCCCCUUGGCUGAACCCCUUAGCCUCUCUGGGCGUUAGCUGCUUGUAAAAACUAUUUCCCCUGCCCCUCGUGUUGAGGCCUACUUCAGACUGUCCUUGGAAUUUGUGAACUGUCCAAACCUAUACUUUACAGGCUGUUCCUCACAUUUGUGAAGUGUUCUCAGUAGGGAGCAGCUAUGGCUUCACAUUGUCUGAAAGGCAGUGGCUGCCUUCACAGUGCUGGGGGGACAGAUCCCUCACUGGGAGGCAGGGGAGGGAGGCUGGGCUGGAACCGGCGCCUGCUUUAGCAGGAUGGGGAAGAAUGGAUAAGCAAUGCCAUUUAAUUUCCCUUCAUAAUCUGACAUUUCUCCCCAGUUCCUUCCCUGUGCUGCUGCCCACCCACCUUCACCGGCCCCCCCCAGACACACACACACUCGCAGCAGUUCUGAUUUGCCCUGUCUUCUUCAUGGCUCGGCUUCUCCUUUCUAUAGAGAUGUGGAGCCAAGUAAGCAAGCAGAGGGUGAGCUGCUUAAUUUUAUUUACAUAUGAUGUACUUGUCUUUCAUGUCCUGUAGGACUUUUAAAAAAUAUAUAUAUACAUAUAUAUAUGUGUAUAUAUAUAUAUAUAAAACACUUUAUGCCACUUUUAAAUGAAUCAUUGAGCAUUCAUGUCAUGCUGGGUCCUGUAAUCACAGGUUUCUAGCUCAACUUUUUGCCCAAGGCCUAUCGAGAAAGGGAAAUAUGGGAACUAGAACCACGUGAUUAGAAUAUAAGCAAUGAUUUUACAGCAUUGUUAAUGUGUGAUAACAGACAUACAUUCAAGACACUGAAACCUUGAAGUUUGUAACCCCUUCAUAUUCUGGAAUGAUGCUGGGAGGAGGAGAAGACAAGAGUGAUACCUAAAAGGAUAAUAUGCAAAGUGAUAUUUUAGCCUUAUGCAUGAUUUUAUGUUUUCAAUGUACUAUGUAUGUAUAGAACUGUUAAAGUUAUUUCCAAUAUUUAUAUUAGAAAAAUUAUAUAGACACUUUAUAAUUUUAACCAGCAUUUUUAAUAACACUUACUGUAUUAUAAUAAAUUUUACUUUUAACAGAAAAGAAAAGCUUAAUUUUUAAGGUUUUUAUUCUGAUGUCACCUUGCUUAAAAGGUAACAAAAAUAUGAAAAUUUCUUUGUGUUCUGAAAUGUGCAGUUGUGAGCAAUAAUCUGUCCUGCAUUAGAAUAAUAGCAGGAAGUUGUAAGAUACCAUUUUGGAUGUGUACCUGGCUUGUAAUAGCUUUUCUUUUCCUAAGAUGGAGAUGCUGUUUAAUUUAUACUACCUUUUGCAAAAGUGCCCUUGUUGCUUAUACACAUUUUAAAUAACCAAGGUAGCCUAAAUGUGUAGCCCUAAAGCAUUGCCUCUUGAUUGUAUUUCUAGAAUGAUAUAAAGCACUUGCAUAUAGAAUACUUGUAGUUAUUCCCUACUAAUGGAAUGGUUUAUCGAAGUGAUAGGUUAUUGGAUUUGCUAUAUGUAUGAAACAGAGACAUUUAUUCUGCAGCACCUAGUAUCAUUUAAGUAAUAAAUGUCAGUAGGGAGUAUUGCUGUAUAUGAAUAUACGGUACAAAAGUUUCAUCUCGGUAACACAAAUGUUGGGCAUUUUAAAAUUCCUUAUAAAAGGUUCAUUUGUUUUCUAUACAAAAUAGAAUAUACUUUGGAGAUUCAAAGCACAUUGAUUACAUUCUAAAACUGAGAAUGCACAUAAAGAAUUGCCCAGAAGUGAGUAAUCUUAUGAAGAGAUUCUCUAUCAUGUUCCAAACAACUGGCUUACACUUUGAAACACUUUUCCCACAGAAACAAUAUCAUGCUACCAUGGGUUACCAGGCCAAGCCUUCUGAGGAAGGCUAAACCCUAACAUAGCUGACCUUUAAUACUCAAAGUACCUGCCUGAGUUUUGGAUCUUGGCAACAGGGUAGUGUGAACAGUUUGAAGGAAGGAAAGUGUAAAUUUCCACCUCCUUUCCUAAGAACAAGGUCUUUCUUGCUUCAAUUUUUGCAGCCCUCUCUAUCCCCUAAUGCCCUUGGGGUCCAUUAAACCUGUGAUGUUUGCUGGCCUCCUCUCCUGACUCGGAGGCUUCCUCUUAGUCUGCCCCACCUCCUGGGGUUCUUCAUAUUCUCAAAUCACCCACCUUUCUACCAAUCAGUUUUCUUAGUAGAGCUGAUACCUUGUGAUGUUUAAGGAGAAAGCAGUCGGUUCAUACUCUUUCCCAGAAAGAAUGAAUGACUGUGAUCAUCUUCCCCACAUCUGGAAUGCAUCCAUACCUCGUGCAGUUACCAUGCAGGGCUGCAGCUGCAUUUUUACAAGGGCAUGCCUUGGAACCCAUUUGCAGAAAUGGCAAAUGUUCCACAGUAAAGUGAAAAAAGCAUUCCAGUAGUUUAUAGAAGGAUAGUAAUAUUUUGGGCCAGGAGCAAGCCUAUCACACUUCAUCCCUUCCUCGCGGUGAGUUCUCAGCUGGUCCUACAUUUCAUAGCUGUUUCUUUUCCUCCACUUAUGAACCCACAGAUAUUUCUUACAGUCCUCAGGAAGUCUUUACCUCUGAGGUAUCUUCUUGAUGAAGACUCUUCUAGAGAGUGAAAUGUUUCAUGAAGUUAAUAGCAUUCCUUAGGCUCUCAGAGAAAUGCUUAGGAGAUGUCACAAAAAUGUGCCUCUUCGAAGUUUGCAAAAUUCAGGUUUUGCACCAUAAUUUAACCAAAAUAUUUAUGAGGAUGCUAGCAUUUUCCAAGCAUAGUAAUUAGUUCACAACUGAGAAAUAUUAUUCCUGUAGAUGAAUAUAAGUUCUGCAUUUAAAUGUCCUUUUUGCCAUUCUGCUUCAUGAAGUACCUUAUUUGCAAAAAUCUCAGUGUAUAAUAACUCAUGAGUUACAAUCUGCUUUCAUGUGGCCAUGUUCCUGGAGAAGAGCAGUGACAUGUGACCCCAAACACAGUGUGCAAGGUCCCCAAGAUUGCUUUAGAAUGCAAUUAUGUACAUAUGAUGGGGAUGAUUUUCUUUCUUUCCUUUUUUUUCCCUUCCUCCAGCUGGGCCACCAGAGGGUGAUUUCCUUUAAAAUCAAGCUUGUCAUUUAUACUUGAACAAAGACUUCUAUGUACUUUAUUAAACUAAAACUUUUAUAUUUUACUUUGGGAUGCAUUAUAUUUGAAAAGGAGACCCGUAGAUUUCUUUCCCCAGUGUUUUUGUUUGGAUAAUCAAUUAAACUUGGAGAAUUUGUCUAGUUUUGAGCCCAUAUUUAUUGUGGUUGAUAGAAGUAGUCCAAGAAUGUGUGUAACCGGGAGGAGUCGAGUCCCUAGUUACAGCUUUGCUAACAUCCCAGGGUUGAAGGUGGUUGUGUGGGACAUGGUUAAUCAAGAAUUUGCUGUUUCGGAAAAGAGAGAAAAAGUCAACACUUUAAAAAAGUGCUGUACAUAUUCUGAAGAGUCAUUUUGUGCACUACAGUGAAGAAUGCACACAUGUAAAGUACUGCUUAAGGAGUAACGUGUCCCCCUUAUAAACAGAGCAUUUGGGGGAAGAUCUGAUGUUUUACAGGUGGAUUGAGGCAGUUAGUUAGAUUAUAAAGAAACUGAGCUAGAUAUUUCGUUGUAUUGCCCAACUAAGCGUAAAGUUAAAUUCUUAGUAGAAAUUCGGUUAUACCAACAUCACUGUAAAAUGCCCAUAAGAAAAAAUAGUUCCCAAGGAAUCUUCUCUGGUCCAAGGGCUUGUAUAUAAGAAUUUUCAUUUAGAAAAAACACGCUGGAUGCAUCGAGAGACCUUGUCUGGGGCUGAGAAUGGAUGUAUCUGGAGAAAUCAUGUACCUGUUAUUUAAACAGCAUCUUCUGUCUUGAGAUUUUUUU